UCUCUCUCUUACCUUACCAAAAGUCAGCGCCUUCUUUUGUCCCUCUUUCAACAGAGCACGCAUUGUCUCUAUGAUCAUGGAAGAUGAUUGGGAUCUCCACGCCGUGGUCAGAGGCUGCACCACCAUUACCACCACCUCUUCCACCACCAACUCCUCCUCUGUUUCUUCCUCUGCCUUUGGCACUUGUAGUCUACCUUCAACUUCUUGUAGCUUCUUCUCUACUUUACCUUCUGAACAAAAGGGUCAAGUUUUGUCUCUCUCAAACCCGUCUGAGGCAAGAAGUUCCAUAGAAGAACUUCAUGAACUUUGCAAGCCUUUCUUCCUCAAGUCACAGCCUUUUCAAACCUCUUCUCCACUCUCUUCUUUUUCUUAUUCAUCUGCACCCAAAUCUCCUCACACACAGCAAGAACAAAAGCAGCCAAAUAAGGUCCCUCAUCAAGAUGGUUCAGCCACCGCCCCACGAUCCAAAAGAAGGAAGAAUCAGCUUAAGAAAGUUUGUCAAGUGCCAGCUGAGAAUCUGUCAUCAGAUAUAUGGGCAUGGAGGAAAUAUGGUCAAAAACCCAUCAAAGGGUCACCAUAUCCAAGGGGAUAUUAUAGAUGUAGUAGCUCAAAAGGAUGCUUAGCUCGGAAACAAGUGGAGAGGAACAGAUCAGACCCAACAAUGUUCAUAGUCACAUACACGGGUGAACACAACCACCCUGCUCCAACUCAUAGAAACUCCCUUGCUGGUUCCACACGCCAAAAGCCACAAACAAAACCUAUUUCUCCUGCAGCCUCAGGGGUGGAAGAAGAGGUUGUAGCACAGUUGAGUGCAAAGUCAGAGAGCACAGAAGACAUGGAAGAUCUGAUGAUAGAUGAUGAUGAGGAACAAAAUGAAUUUGUGCUAUCAGAUAUGGUGGUAACAGAUGAUUUCUUUGAAGGGUUAGAAGAAUUCACAGGGUCUAUUGCAACUGAUACCUUUACAGCUAGUAGUAGUAGUAGUAGUAUUGUUCGGUGGCCACAGGCCAACAAUGCUGCUACUGCCGCUGGUGGCAGCUGACUCAUUGGUGGUGAAUGCUUUUCAUUACAGAGAAUAGGAACCUUUGUUUUUUUUUUUUAAGGGAAAUUGGUGAAUUUUGGAGGAAUCUAAACUAACAAUAUUUUGUGAAGGGGUAAGAAAAGUUCUUCCCCUAAGUAUAUAGUGAUAUGAUAUAGUGUUAGAUUAGGCAUUUGUAAUAUUUGUCAAUCUUAGUGAUUGUUAGCCAUACUUCUGUUAAUGUAAAAUCAAUUCGUUUCUAUGUCCAUGUAAUUUGUUUAAGUUGGUUGAAUUUUAUAAUUGGUUGUG